AUGGAAUCAACUUCUGACUUCUCUAUUCGUGGAACAGCUAGGAAACUGUGGAGCAGUCCACGGCCGGACUGCAUCUACAAUAGUCACGAAGACAUUCAGCACGACAGGUUCUGGAAGAGGCGAUGGCAGGAAAAAGGCCAAGGGGAUGGAGAUUCACAGGCGGAUCCGGUGAUGGAUGAACAACCGCCGAAGCAGCUGAGCCUUUUCGGGGCUCUGGUGGCGCAGAGGGCCCUCCGCAAGUUCCUGGCCCCCCACAAAGGCCUCUUCAGCAAGCUCAGCCUCCGUCGGUUCAGUCGCCUUUCAAUUAGCGCGGACGACCCACUCCAUGCCCUCGUGCAGCGUGAGCCGACGUAUCAGCUGGGUCCAUUGAAGCCAUUCAAGCCGCAAAGUCUGCUUCCAGUCGUGGAGGAGAUUAUUCAGGGCCUCGUUGACAGGGCGUUCAAACGCGUUGGACGGUUCGACCCCGGGAGUCUAGCGAAAAACCUCGCAAAUGAUGUUCGCGUCGCAGUCCGAGGCCUCGGACCCCCAAGAUUCAAGUACGUGGUCCACGCCAUAGUGACAGAAGACAUUGGACAGUCGAUGCUGGUGGCAUCUCGUGUUCUCUGGGACCAUGAAAACGACGGCCAAUUCUCGUUCUCUUGUCAAAGGGAUAAGCACAUUAUCCACGUCACUGUAUUUGCCUGUUACCACGACUAA